ACUCAGUCGUCGCAGUGCACGGGAGAGACCAGCCGUCGCCACACUCACAGGAACAGUGAGCUAAGUCACUUCAGUUUGUAAGGAACGAAUAUCAAACAAGAUGGCAAACCGUGGUCAAGCUUUCGGCAUGUCAGCCAAGGUCGCCGCCAAGAUCGCCGGCAAGAGAGAUAUGGAGAAGGAGGCCGAGGCCGCUGAGUGGAUCUCCACGAUCAUCGGCGAACCCGUGCAGGGAUCGUUCGAGGACUGGGCGAGAAACGGAGUCGUGUUGUGCAAGCUCAUGAACAAGCUGUUGCCCGGAUCCGUGAAGAAGAUCACAGAGAGCGGCGGCGACUUCAAGAUGAUGGAGAACAUCACUAACUUCCAGACUGCCGCCAAGAAGUACGGCGUGCCCGAGAUCGACUGCUUCCAGACCGUUGACCUGUGGGAAAAGAGGAACAUCGCUCAAGUGCAGCAGUGCAUCUUUGCCGUUGGCCGGCAGGGUCAGACCAAGCCCGGAUACAACUUCCCCAUCAUCGGCCCAAAGAUGUCCGAGGAAAACAAGAGGGAGUUCACCGCGGAGCAGCUGAGAGCCGGAGAGGGACACGUUGGUCUCCAGGCUGGCCAGAACAAGGGAGCCACGCAGGCAGGACAGAACUUCGGUGCACAACGACACAUGUAAACCAUCACCUCAUCACCAGACGGCGUUGAUCAGAUAAAGAUGUCAGCUUCGAAACAUUUCGCUUUCAACACACGCGCUAACAGAAUCUCAGCUCCUUGAUAUUAUCAAGAGUACGUAAUAGGAUGAUCUCCCAUUAUGUACUCUUGAUAUUAUGUUUAAAAACAAAACAAAAACAUUUACACAAAAAAUAUUUAUGUAAGCAAGAUGGCGCCACUAUAUUCAACACGAAAACAUUAUUGUAAAUAUGCCCAUGUCCGCACACGACCAGCGUGACUUCAUACACGGCUAACUCACUGACCUCUGACGUCAUGUGACCUUUAUUAUUUAUUAUUAUCAUUCUCUUCUGUAAGCGUAUAUUUAUUUUUGAGCGCGCGUGGAAUUAUUUAUGAUCACGACUUGAUGAUGAUUAUCGCCGUUUCAUUUGCAUAUCAACAUGAAGAUCAUUGAAUCGAUUUAAUAUUGAUAUCGGUGUUGGUAUUGGUAUCGGUAUUGAUAUUGACACUGGUAUUGGUAUCGGUAUACAAAUUGGUGCUGAUAUUGGUAUUGUUAUUGGUAUUGGUAUUGGUAUUGAUAUCUGUAUCGAUGUUUUAUCUCAUUAGGCAGUGGAAUCCAUACCUGCACUGUUCCACGUUCGUACGUAGCAUUUCCUCCUCAUAGCGACUGGGUCAGAUUGUUUAUUCGUUUAAGAAAGGAAAGGUUGUUAAAACACAUAGCUAAACACGUUGUUUAAAAAAAAACCGCAUAGUUUGUUCGGCAAGUUGUGUGUAAAAAACACGUUGUUAAAACACAUUUAAACGCGUCGUCGUAAAACGCAUAGUUUGUGAAACAGGUUGUGUUAGAGACACGUGGAUAAUCGCGCUGUGUUCACUGACGGCCUAUUUCUACACACAGUAUAUAUAUGUUCGUCGUUCUUCCAACUCGAGCCGUGCCUGAAGUCACACCUACCCUGUACAUCGCUCGUCUGCGACUCCCACCCUGUACAUCGCUCGUCUGCGACUCCCACCCUGUACAUCGCUCGCCUGCGUCUCCCAGUUCCAUCUGAUGAAAUAAAUCGUAUCGCCAGCGUCAUCUGUGCGAUGAGGAAGAGAGGGCGCGCGCAUCGCAUGCAGACCAUGCACCGAGCAGAGUAGGUUACCGGUCAUACAGAAAAAAAUAAAUAUCUUGUUUUACAAAUAAAAAUA